GACAGUGCCCAGGUGGGCCUAAGAGGGCAGCCCCAAGUCGCGUACGUUGUCGCGUCUCCCAGGUCGACAAUUGCAUACUGACCCCACCAUCGUGACAUUUCCGCCGCCCUAUUCAACACUUUUUGGACUCAUCCAUGUCAGAGUCCGCUCUCAUGGGCUUGCCAUCAGCCUCGACAUGUCCUACUACGAUCUCGACGCCAUCUUGACAGACGCGGAGAAGAUACCAUGUACCUUCGAACUGGACGUGCCUGAGCUCGGGUACCUCGACAACAAUCCGUCUCAUCCCCUCAAGUCAGGCACUGCCGUUGGGCUCCCACUGUGGCUGGCCGAGCUGCUUGCCCUCGCCACCCGACAACCCGCAUCUCGCUCUCCCGAUGAUCCCGGCUCCUUUGUGACGCUUAAUAUUCCGCCCGCGCUCUCCGAGAAUGUCAUGGCGGCGCUGAAGGCAGACCCUCGCGCAGUUCCUUUGCGAGACCAGGCACAUAACUUCUAUGGUCUUGGCACGCGCAUGCUCGAUCUCUUUGACGAGCCAGAGAUAUGCGCCAUCUUGCGUAAGACGUUUGUCACGAGAGCGGCCGAUGUCGCAUUACAUGGCCGAAAGGCAGGUGCCACGGACGAUAUGGGCACCGCGGCUGGCAGUGAGUUCCUCCGGGGCCUCGACGAGUGGGAGCGCAGACUGUUCCGCAGGGCACAUGAAGGGGCGAAAGGCACCAAGGAAUGGAUGGAGGCUGUCAAGAAAUAAACGAGAGGAUACACGGUCCAGUCUCGACGGGGACAAAGUGACUUAUUGUGCAUAAUUCAGUUGCACUGUAGGGCGUUUCGGUGUUGCAUUUCCAAUGCGUUCUGGUUUUCACGGCACGGCGUCGCGUUUUUGGAGUAUUUUUACAGUGGCAUCUUGGUAGUUCUGGGAUCGUAUCGCCAGUUGCGUGGACGCAGCUCAAUGAUGCAUCAAUCAGUCUAGAGUCUCAGGAUCAUUCGAGAUACCCAGGCUGCGUAACGCGGUACAACACAUGCUCGUGUUUGAAUGUUAGCUGCGGGUCACAUUGAGACAGUGCCACGGCAGUGAAUCUCACACGGUACACAACGCCUCCGGUCUGCCCCAAGCUAGCUCCAAGGAUUUCCAGAUGUUCAGAAAACCACUGGCAGACUGACGGGUGCUGCAGCC